AAAUUCGAUAGUCGUUCCAUACCAUUGUUAAAAGUACACAGAAACAGUUUGACCGAUUUUGUGAUAAAUUUGUUAAAAUGGAAAACAAAUCAACAAGUUCAUACCUUGUAUGAAAACUUUCCUUACUUAGUUACAUAGAAGCAAUCCUUUAUCCAGUAUGGAGAAUGUAGAUUUGAAAUCAGACGGUGAUACUAGUUUACAUUACACAAACUCCGAUGAUUCCGAACCGGACGGAUAUCCUGAAGCCGUCGUGCAGACGGACAUAAGUUCUCCACCGAUGCCACAUGUUGUACAGGGAUCAUAUAAAGGAGUCAAGUUUGUCAUAGAGUCUAACGCAAGUGAAGUUGUUGCUGGUGAUUCAACGACUGUCGGUAUUGGUGGGGAUGCGGUAGAUGAAGGUCAAGGUCAUUUCCAGGCAUGCAUGAUCUGUGGAGACCGGGGAUCGGGAUAUCACUACUCAGUGUUAUCAUGUGAGGGCUGUAAAGGAUUCUUUAAAAGAACAGUGCAGAAAAACUUGUUUUAUGUCUGUAAAGUAAAUGGGGUGUGCUUGAUCAAUAAGAUGACCAGGAAUAAUUGCCAGUUCUGUCGUUUUCAGAAGUGUCUGCAGUAUGGCAUGAAAAGAGAAGCGGUGAGAGAAGAUAGAUCACCUGGUGGCAAACAUCGUACAAAGAAGCCCCGCUUUGACAGUUCCAUGGAAGAUGAUAACUUUUCUAAGCUUGUUGAAAAUAAACAGAAAUUGGAGGAUGACCACAAUGAGCUUAUUAAUGUAUUACUGGCAUCCCAACCUGACAAAAUCCCUGAUAAUGAAUUUCAAGGGAGGUCAGCGAGCGAGAUUUCUAUAGAAGAGUUGAUGCAGUUUGGAUAUUCUGAACUGAAAUAUAUCAUUGAGUGGGCUAAAAAAGUUCCUAAUUUCCGUUUGUUCACAAUGGAAGAUCAGAUGGCAUUAUUGAAGUCAGCUUUCAUGGAACUUAAUGUAAUUAGACUGUCAUACAGAUCAAUGGAAUAUGACGAUGCACUUAGGUUUGCAGAUAACAUUAUUGUGCCAAGGUCAGUGUGUGCCACAAUGGGUUGGGGACAGGAGCUCGUACAUGCUACCCUAGAGUUUGCUACCAGACUAAAGGAGCUAGAUCUGGACAAGGUGGAAUUUGCAUUGAUGAAUGCCAUUGUGCUGACUUACCCUGAUGCUAUUGGUCUAAGUGAUAAGAGUAAAGUGAUUGGUAUCCAGACAAAGUUUCUCGACACACUGAGACGCUACGUCUGCGUUAAAUACAGCAGUGAUAAGGGGAGAUUCGGGAAACUUCUGCUGCGUCUGCCAACUCUUCGAACAUUGAGUGCAAAAGCUGCUGAGAGGUUUCUCUCGUUAACACUGGAAGGUGUUUUACCGUUGAAUGAUCUCGUGCAGGAAAUGAUGUGUUGACUGGUUUGAUGAUUUUAUAGUGUGAUACAGUCAUGUAAUACGUGUUCUUAUCACACACCUGUGUCGCUUUUGUGACUUUGUAAAAACGGUAUUGCACGACUGUGCAUAUUUUUUGACGUAACAUCGUUUGCGUUAAAAACAUAGCGUAAGGACGCAUUUAAUGGCAGAUUGCUACAAAGUGAUCUUUUUUUUUAGUGUAAACAGUUUUUUAUAUGUGAUAAUAAAUAUUAUAGUUGUGUAGCUUCAUUACUGAAUUUAUUGAAUAAAAAUUUUUUUGCUGGCCAGAGGUUGGUAUAAUAUAAUUUUAUUCAACUUGUUCAAUAAAGACAGUAUUGAAUCUACACUCAUUAAAUGUUUUCUAUAUAUGACAUACUUGAUUACAUAAAGAAUUCAGGGUUGUGCCAAGACAUGAUCAUUUUGAGAAUAGUUUUAUUCAAUACUGAUAUUCUAUAUUGAAUAUUAAAUUUUGAAGAAUAGUUUUAAUCUAUACUGAUAUUCCACAUUGAAUAUUAAAUUUUGAAGAAUAGU